AUGAGUGGGGACUUGGCUUUUGCACCUUCUUCUGCAGUUUUACGCCAAGUUGAGGAGGUACAGUUUGGGAUUUUGAGUCCGGAAGAAAUUAGGGCAAUGAGUGUAGCCAAGAUUGAAUACCCAGAGAUUAUGGAUGAAUCUGGCCAUAGACCACGCAUUGGAGGACUUUUAGACCCACGUUUGGGGACGAUUGACAGGAAUUUCAAGUGUCAAACGUGUGGAGAAAGUAUGGCAGAAUGUCCGGGUCAUUUUGGCCAUAUAGAACUCGCCAAGCCUGUAUUUCAUAUUGGGUUUCUCAUGAAAAUAAAAAAAAUAUUGGAAUGUGUAUGUUUGAAUUGCGGAAAAUUGAAAGCAGAUGAGAAUAGCCCAAAAUUUUUAGAGUCACAAAGGUAUAGAGACCCUAAAUCGCGUUUGAUAGCUGUUUGGAAUAUUUGUAAAACGAAAAUGAUAUGUGAAAUUGAUCAACCAGUUAAUGAUCAUUAUGAAGCCAAAUCCAUGAUUGGACAUGGAGGGUGCGGCAAUCUUCAACCUAUUAUACGAAAAGAUGGACUUAAAUUAUGGGCUACAUAUAAAAGACCAAAAGAUUCAGAGAGCGACUUGCCUGAUCGUAGACUAUUAACGCCUCUAGAAGUAUAUACCGUAUUUAAGCACAUUUCUAGUGAAGACAUGGCUAAGAUGGGCUUAAAUGAAGAAUAUGCUCGACCUGAUUGGAUGAUUAUUACUGUUCUUCCAGUCCCUCCUCCUUCUGUUCGUCCCAGUAUUUCUGUUGAUGGCACUUGUCGUGGAGAAGAUGAUUUAACUCAUAAACUUUCAGAUAUUAUUAAAGCAAAUGCGAAUGUACGACGUUAUGAACAAGAAGGUGCUCCAAUGCAUGUUGUAAGUGAGUAUGAACAACUUCUUCAGUUUCAUGUUGCAACAUAUAUGGAUAAUGAUAUAGCUGGUCAGCCUCAAGCUCUUCAGAAAACUGGACGUCCGUUAAAAUCUAUACGUGCUCGUCUUAAAGGUAAAGAAGGGAGAUUAAGAGGAAAUUUGAUGGGUAAACGUGUUGAUUUUUCUGCUCGAACAGUGAUUACUGGUGAUCCGAAUUUGUCUCUCGAUGAACUUGGUGUUCCAAGAAGUAUUGCUCGUAUUCUUACAUACCCUGAAACUGUAACUCCAUAUAACAUUCAUAAACUCCAAGAAUUGGUACGAAAUGGACCCAAUGAGCAUCCUGGAGCAAAAUACAUCAUUCGCGAUACAGGAGAAAGAAUUGAUUUACGUUAUCAUAAAAGAGCAGGCGAUAUCCCGUUGCAAUAUGGUUGGAGAGUAGAAAGACAUAUUACAGAUGGUGAUGUGGUUAUUUUUAAUAGACAGCCUUCAUUACAUAAAAUGUCUAUGAUGGGUCAUCGUGUCAAAGUUAUGCCAUAUUCAACAUUCCGUAUUAAUUUAUCUGUAACACCACCGUAUAAUGCCGAUUUUGAUGGAGAUGAAAUGAAUCUUCAUGUUCCUCAAUCUGAAGAAACUCGGGCAGAAAUUAUUGAGAUUUGUAUGGUUCCCAAACAAAUUGUUUCUCCUCAGUCAAAUAAACCAGUAAUGGGUAUUGUUCAGGAUACAUUAGCAGGUGUAAAAAAGCUUACUAGACGGGACAACUUUUUAUCUAAAGAUCAAGUUAUGAAUAUUUUAUUGUGGGUUCCUGAGUGGGAUGGUAAUAUGCCUCCUCCAGCAAUUAUUAAGCCUAAAGCUAUGUGGACUGGGAAACAAAUUCUUAGUAUGGUUAUUCCUAAAGGUAUAAAUUUCAUUAGAGAUGAUGAAAAGCAAACUCCUAUGACUCCUGAUGAUACAGGUAUGAUGUUAGAAAAUGGUGAGAUUAUAUAUGGGAUUGUAGAUAAAAAGACAGUAGGAGCAUCACAGGGGGGUCUUGUUCAUACUAUUAUGAGGGAAAAAGGCCCUGAAGUAUGUCGUGUGUUUUUUAAUGGUAUUCAAAUGGUUGUCAAUUAUUGGUUAUUACAUAAUGGUUUCAGUAUUGGUAUUGGUGACACUAUAGCAGAUGCAAAUACUAUGAGAGAUAUAACAAAUACAAUUGCAGAAGCAAAAGCUAAAGUUCAAGAAAUUAUCCUUGAUGCACAACAAAAUAGACUUCAAGUUGAACCAGGAAUGACACUGCGUGAAUCAUUUGAAAGCAAAGUUUCUAGAGCGCUUAAUCAAGCUCGUGAUACAGCAGGGCGUUCUGCUCAAAUGAGUCUUAAAGAUUCAAAUAAUGUAAAACAAAUGGUAACAGCUGGAUCUAAGGGGUCAUUUAUUAAUAUAUCGCAAAUGUCUGCAUGUGUAGGACAACAGAUAGUAGAAGGAAAACGUAUCCCUUAUGGAUUUAAAUAUAGAACUUUACCGCAUUUCACUAAAGAUGAUUAUAGUCCUGAAUCAGGCGGAUUUAUUGAAAACUCAUAUCUUAGAGGCUUAACACCUCAAGAAUUUUUCUUCCAUGCUAUGGCAGGUCGAGAAGGAUUAAUUGAUACUGCUGUUAAAACUGCUGAAACAGGUUAUAUUCAAAGACGUCUUGUUAAAGCUCUUGAAGAUGUUAUGGUAAAAUAUGAUGGUACUGUUAGGAACUCGCUUGGUGAUAUCAUUCAGCUAGUAUAUGGUGAAGAUGGCUUAGAUGGCGUAUCUGUUGAAUAUCAAAACUUAGAUUCUUUGAGACUUUCUAAUGAAGAAUUUGAUAGACGUUAUCGUGUAGAUGUUAUGGACCCUAAAAAAACAAUUUUUCCGUUGUAUUUAGAAGCAGGAAAUGAAAUAGAAGGAGAUAUGGCUAUUCAGAAUCUUUUAGACCAAGAAUAUAAUCAAUUAUGUGAAGACCGGGAAUUGUUACGUAAUUUUAUAUUUAAAGAUGGUGAUGGUAGAAGACCUUUACCUGUUAAUAUUCAAAGAAUUAUACGGAAUGCUCAACAAAUUUUCCAUAUUGAUAAAAGGAAAGCAACUGAUUUGAAUCCAAGAGAUAUUAUUCUUGGCGUAAAUGAAACAAUUAAAAGACUUACCGUUGUCCGUGGUAAUGAUAAAUUUACAAGAGAAAGUCAAGAAAAUGCUACUCUUUUGUUUCAAAUUCUUCUUAGAUCACGACUUGCGUCACGACGAGUCAUUGAGGAAUAUCGUCUUAAUAAAGUUGCUUUUGAGUGGGUAUUAGGUGAAAUUGAAACUCGGUUUAUUCAUUCUGUUGCUAACCCAGGAGAAAUGGUUGGAACUUUAGCAGCACAAUCUAUUGGAGAACCUGCUACACAAAUGACAUUAAAUACUUUUCAUUAUGCAGGUGUAUCAUCGAAAAGCAUCACUCUUGGUGUACCCCGCUUGAAGGAAAUUUUAAAUGUUGCAAAAACUAUAAAAACUCCUUCCCUAACUAUAUAUUUAACACCGGAAGUAUCUAAAGAUAUGGAAUCAGCAAAACAAGUUCAAACUGCUAUCGAACACACAACUUUAAAAACAGUGACGUCUGUUACAGAAAUAUUUUAUGAUCCUGAUCCUCAACAAACAGUUAUAGAAGAAGAUCGUACUUUUGUAGAAGCAUUUUUUGCUAUUCCUGAUGAAGAUGUUGAAGCUAAUUUACAUCGUCAGUCAUCAUGGCUUCUUCGUUUAGAACUAGAUCGUGCUAAAAUGCUUGAUAAAAAAUUAAGCAUGAGUGAUGUUGCUGCAAAAAUUACAGAAAGUUUUCAUAAAGACUUAUUUGUUAUAUGGAGUGAAGACAAUGCGGAUAAAUUGGUUAUAAGAUGUCGUGUGAUAAAAGACGAGGAAAAGUCAUUUGAUGAUGAUGAUGAUGAUCCUAUUGAAGAAGAUGUUUUGUUGAAAAGAAUUGAAAGUCAUAUGUUAGAGUCUAUUAGUUUGCGGGGUGUUCCGAAUAUUUCUAGAGUGUUUAUGAUGGAGCAUAAAACAGUAUACCAAAGUGAAAAUGGGGAGUUUGUAAGAGGUGAAGAGUGGGUUCUGGAAACAGAUGGGAUAAAUUUAGCAGAAGUUAUGGCAGUUGAGAAUGUCGAUCCUCGGCGUACUUAUUCAAAUUCAUUUGUAGAAAUUCUUCAAGUUUUAGGAAUUGAAGCCACAAGGGCUGCAUUAUUAAAAGAAUUACGAAACGUUAUUGAAUUUGAUGGCUCGUAUGUUAAUUAUCGUCAUCUUUCUUUACUUGCAGAUACAAUGACAUCACGUGGUCACUUAAUGGCUAUAACACGUCAUGGUAUUAAUCGUGCUGAGACUGGUGUUUUAAUGAGAUGUUCUUUUGAAGAAACAGUAGAAAUUUUAAUGGAAGCAGCAGCUGCUGGUGAGAUGGAUGAUUGUCGUGGAAUUUCAGAAAAUAUUAUGUUAGGACAGCUGGCUCCUUUAGGUACAGGAGAGUUUGAUGUGAUUUUAGAUGAAGAUAUGCUUAAUGAAGUGGUUGUGGAUCGACAAAUGUUUCGAGGAGCAUCUGCUGCUUUAGGAAAAACGCCUUUAUAUGAUGAUCAAGCAACCCCUUAUGAUUCUCGAUCUCCUAUGUCAGAUAGUGGCUAUGUUGGAUCAUCUGAUGGUGCUGCAUUCUCUCCACUUGUUCAAUCUGGUUCAGAGACUCCUGGUGGGUUUACAGAGUAUGGUGGAGGAUUUGGUGUAUCACCUUAUGGUGCAAGUUUACAAUCACCUGGAUACCAUCCUUUUUCUCCAUUUUCAGGAACAUCACCAGUUUCACCAAGCUAUUCUCCGGCUUCAGUGUUUUCGCCAACAAGUCCACAGAUUGCUGGAAUGUCACCAAGUUUUUCACCUACGUCUCCAAUGUGUUCACCAAUUAGUCCAGCUUAUUCUCCAACGUCACCAGCAUAUUCCCCAACAUCACCAAGUUAUUCUCCAACAUCACCGAGCUAUUCUCCGACAUCCCCUAGGUUUUCUCCAACUUCUCCUGCUUAUUCUCCAACUUCACCAAGUUAUUCUCCAACUUCACCGAGUUACAGUCCGACAUCACCAAUCUAUUCACCGACUUCACCUGCUUACUCUCCAACGUCACCAGCUUAUUCUCCAACAUCACCAGCUUAUUCUCCAACAUCACCAGCUUAUUCUCCAACGUCACCAGCAUAUUCCCCAACAUCACCAAGUUAUUCUCCAACAUCACCGAGCUAUUCUCCGACAUCCCCUAGGUUUUCUCCAACUUCACCUGCUUAUUCUCCAACUUCACCAAGCUAUUCUCCAACUUCACCUGCUUAUUCACCUACUUCACCACGGUAUUCACCGACAUCACCACGGUACUCUCCAACAUCUCCAAGAUAUUCACCAACUUCACCUACUUAUUCGCCUUCUUCUCCAAAUUAUAGUCCUAUAUCUCCUAGGCAUUCAAAAUAA